AUGGCCCGGCCUUUCCUGGCGGUAAAACGCACACGUCCCAAUCAGAGCGUUCAUGCUGUCCGUCUCAACACAGAGCCCGAGGUCAAUGCCACGACCCAGCGCGCCUUGUCUCGUUGCCCAGGAAAAAGGAGGGCGGAUGCAAGCAGGACAUGUGCAGGUUACGAAGGUUUCGUUUUGUUUAAGGAAGAGGAGCUACCAAAUGUGCUGAAAGUGCCCAGAGCCGUGUGGCGCUGGUCAGCCAACUAG